CCGAGUCUCUCUCCACACUGAACAGCGACACGCACACACACACACACUGAACCCUGUUCUGCAAGAUGUUGUUCAGGCAGCAUGUUGUGAUGCUGUGAGGACUGAGUCUCUCACGUUACUGUCUGAGCUGUAGCGAGUUGAACUAGUGAAGCGAGGCAGAGGCUCCAGCUGGACUUCUCUUUGUUACUUUAUUCUGCUGAAAAGCGCCGCGGAGGUGAAGAGAUAAGUGAGUGAGUGACUCCACACUGUGACCAUCUGCGAAGGAGAACUUUGUCACCAUGAGUUCCGACAAGAAAGUGGAGGAUGAGGCCGUGUUGGACAGAGGAGCGACCUUCGUCAAACACGUCUGCGAUGAGGAGGAAGUUGAAGGUCACCACACUGUCUACAUUGGCGUGCAUGUUCCAAAGAGCUUCCACCGCAGGCGACGACACAGGCGCAAGUCUAGCCACAAGGAGAAGCGAGAGCGAGUGGAGCACGGCACGGAGGGAAACAAGUCCGACGGGGAGACGGCGGAUGAAGCCAUCACAAGCAUCCUCAAGCCUCUCAUUUCUCCAGCUGAGAGGAUCAAGUUUAUCCUGGGAGAGGAGGAUGACGGCCCGCCACCCCCUCAGCUCUUCACCGAGCUGGACGAGCUGCUGUCUGUGGACGGUCAGGAGAUGGAGUGGAAGGAGACGGCCAGGUGGAUCAAGUUUGAGGAAAAGGUGGAGAAGGGAGGCGAGCGCUGGAGUAAGCCUCACGUGGCCACGCUGUCCUUGCACAGUUUGAUGGAACUGAAAACGUGCAUCGAGAAGGGAACCAUCAUGCUGGACCUGGAAGCCUCCACACUGCCGCAGAUUGUGGAGACGAUCACCGACAGCCAGAUUGAGACUGGUCAGUUGAAAGCAGAGCUCAAGGAGAAGGUCAUGUACACGCUGCUACGGAAGCAUCGCCACCAGACCAAGAAGUCCAACUUGCGCUCUCUUGCGGACAUUGGCAAGAGUGUUUCCAGUGCAAGUAAACUGUUUUCCCACCCGGAAAAUGGUAGCCCGACCACUGCCCAUCGAAACCUCACCUCCAACAGCCUGAGUGACUUCUCUGACAAACCAGAGAAGGAUCAGCUGAAGAACAAGUUCAUGAAAAAAUUGCCCCGCGAUGCCGAAGCGUCCAACGUGCUGGUCGGAGAGGUCGAUUUCCUGGACGCCCCCUUUGUGGCGUUUGUUCGUCUGCAGAACGCCGUCAUGCUGGGGGCCCUGACUGAGGUCCCUGUGCCCACAAGGUUUCUCUUUGUGCUGCUGGGCCCGAAAGGUAAAGCAAAGUCUUAUCAUGAGAUUGGACGAGCCAUCGCCACCCUGAUGUCAGAUGAGGUGUUCCAUGACAUUGCCUACAAAGCGAAGGACAGGCAGGACUUGUUGGCUGGCAUCGAGGAGUUCCUGGAUGAGGUCAUCGUCCUGCCGCCUGGCGAGUGGGACCCCGACAUCCGGAUAGAGCCGCCCAAGUCUCUGCCGUCCUCAGACAAGAGGAAGAACAUGUACACCGGUUUAGAGGGUCCUCACAUGAAUGGCGACACUGCCCAUGAUGCGGGACAUGGAGGGGGAGGAGGUCACGAGGUCGGGGAAGAACUGCAGUUCACCAGAAGGUUCUGUGGCGGUCUCGUCCUUGACAUCAAGCGCAAGCUGCCGUUUUUUGCCAGCGACUUCUAUGACGCGCUGCAUAUCCAGUCUCUGUCUGCCAUCUUGUUCAUCUACCUGGGCACGGUCACCAACGCCAUCACGUUCGGAGGCUUACUCGGCGACGCUACGCGAAACAUGCAGGGAGUGUUGGAAAGUUUCCUGGGUACAGCACUGACGGGAACAGUGUUCUGUCUGCUGGCCGGACAACCACUGACUAUUCUGAGCAGCACAGGCCCCGUGCUCGUCUUUGAAAGACUCCUCUUCAACUUCAGCGAAGAAAACAACUUCAACUACCUUGAGUUCCGGCUGUGGAUUGGCCUGUGGUCGGCUUUCUUCUGUCUGGUGCUGGUCGUCACGGACGCCAGCUUCCUGGUGCAGUACUUCACGCGCUUCACCGAGGAGGGCUUCUCUGCGCUCAUCAGCUUCAUCUUCAUCUACGACGCCUUCAAAAAGAUGAUCAAGCUGGCUCACCACAACCCCAUCAACACGGAGUUUGACCACAACCACAUCACGCUCUACCAGUGCCGAUGCGAGCCUGGAAACUCAUCACUAGAUGUCCCUCCCUGGUCAAAUGAUACUGAUGUGCCAGUGAACGCCACCUGGGGGUCGCUGAGCCUGGAGCACUGUCUGAAGUACGGAGGCGAGCUGGUCGGAGACACCUGUGGCUACGUGCCCGACAUCACCCUCAUGUCGUUCAUCUUGUUCUUCGGGACCUACAUCUGCUCCAUGGCUCUCAAGAAGUUCAAGACGAGCCGCUUCUUCCCCACCACGGUGAGGAAGCUCAUCAGUGACUUUGCCAUCAUCCUGACCAUCUUCCUCUUCUGCGGCGUGGACGCCUUCGUCGGCGUGGACACUCCAAAGCUCAUCGUGCCAAGUGAAUUCAAGCCCACUAGUCCAGACAGAGGCUGGUUUGUUCCUCCUUUCGGGGGAAACCCUUGGUGGGUUUACCUGGCAGCUGCACUCCCCGCCCUGCUGGUCACCAUUCUGAUAUUCAUGGACCAGCAGAUCACCGCUGUGAUUGUCAACAGGAAGGAGCACAAACUCAAGAAAGGAGCCGGCUAUCACCUGGACCUGUUCUGGGUGGCCAUCCUGAUGAUCAUCUGCUCUUUCAUGGGUCUGCCUUGGUACGUGGCGGCCACUGUCAUCUCCAUCGCCCACAUUGACUCUCUGAAAAUGGAGACCAAGACGUCAGCCCCCGGGGAACAGCCCAAGUUCCUCGGCGUCAGGGAGCAAAGAGUCACCGGGAUCAUGGUGUUCAUCCUCACAGGACUCUCCGUCUUCAUGGCUCCCAUCCUCAAGUUUAUUCCCAUGCCUGUUCUCUACGGUGUGUUCCUCUACAUGGGCGUGGCUUCACUCAAUGGCGUCCAGUUCAUGGAUCGCCUGCUGCUAGUCCUGAUGCCAGCCAAGCACCAGCCGGACCUGAUCUACCUGCGACACGUCCCCCAGAGACGCAUCCACCUCUUUACCUUCAUCCAGGGCCUGUGCUUGGCUCUUCUCUGGAUCCUCAAGUCCACCGUGGCUGCCAUCGUCUUCCCCGUCAUGAUCUUGGCGUUGGUCGCAGUGCGCAAGGCCAUGGACUACGUGUUCUCCCAGCACGACCUCGGCUACCUGGACGACGUCAUUCCAGAGAAAGACAAGAAGAAGAAAGAGGACGAGAAGAAGAAGAAAAACAAGAAGAAGGGAAGCAUCGACAGCGAGGCAGAUUUCUCUGACUAUCCAUACCAUGAAAAUGUCCCCAGUAUAAAAAUCUCCAUGGAUAUGAUGGAGAAGGAGCCCAUGUUGGGGGAUAAAUCUCUGGAUAGAGAUGAACCGCACAAUAUCCUUAACCCGCAUUCACCGUGCUGAGCAUUACUUUGAGUCUCCCACCGUGGCCGAGUAAUCUUGAGAGAGGUUCAUUCACACAAAGUUUGCCUCAGAUUCAAAUAGGCCGGGACUCUGAGGAUAGAGGUUUCUUCUGGAGGCGGGGCUCUGAAACUGAUCUGUGAACCAAUCACCCCAAAGAAGUGACUCCUUCUUUUUUGUGUUUUUUGUUUUGUACCAAAAAUCUCAACGGAGUUGGGAGCGUUUGUCUUAAAAUCAAAAACCCUUUGUUGGUACAGAAUUUUAAUGAGGGCCGACAGAAGAGUUGUUUAUCUCGUCUUCAUCUGCGGGAUUCCCCGCAGGAAACAAAAGGGCUCAUCAAAGUCUUCUGCGUGCCGUUUUUUUAUGGAACAUCGACGUCCUAACAAUGAAUGUGUACGAUAAUAAUUCAGCUACAGAGAGGAUAUAGUAGGUUUGUUUUAUUCCAAACAUCACCAGCGUUUCUGGGUAGUGCUGUUGUUUUAAAAGUCAUUUCUGAUGGGGUUUUGUUUUUGUUUGUAGGACUACUGUCAUUUUUAAAAAUGAAGUCAAGGUAUUUCAUAUAGAGGCGAGUACUGUUGUUUUUUUUGUCAACAAAAGGGCUACAAAAUGUCAUCUAUGCAAAGUCGAGAGAAAACAUUAAUUUUGUAUUCAUGGGCAUAUAAUUAUUUAUGAGGGUGCUUUUUUAAUCGUAUGCGACAACACAUCCAGACGAUGCUGUAAGAGGACAGUAUUUGUUCAAGCACCAUUCAGACUGGAACUCCCUUUUUUUUUUAAUAAGAAAAAAAUGUAUUAUAUUUAUUGUAUUUAAACAUUCAGCUGUUUUGAAUUUCAAGUAUGAGCUUCUCCAUUAAAUUCACCCCCCGUUUGUGCAAAUUCUUCCUGUGGUCUGAAUCCACUCAGCGGUCAUUUCCCUAUCAUACGGAGAUGAUAUUGUAGCUGUAUGUAGCUCUACCUCUUAUUUUCCAUAGGUGCCAGACAUGAUAUUAUAUUAUUAUAUAUUAAGAAGAUCUGUGGUGCAAUUAUUUAUGAUCAAACAGUAAUUUUUGUUUUUGUCGUCCUCAACUGGCACUACACAGGAUCUUUUAAAUCUCAACGUUGAGUUCCUUUUUUUCCUUCUCUGACACUUAAGAUUUUUAUUUUUUGUUGCUGUUAAUAAUGUUUUAAGAUUUUUGUGGUUUUUUUUGUUUUUAAAUGGUAACAAAUUCCGUUUUUUUUUUUUGUUUUUAUCUAUCCUAAUAGCAAAGCAAAUUUUUAAAUCAUCUCUUCCGAUGUGGGGGACGUAAAACGUAAGAGAUCAUUUUUCAUGACCUCAUUUGGUGGUGGUGAAAACUUGUACAUUUAUUAUUUUUUAUAUAUAUCUAUAUAUAAAUCAUCUGAAAAAGUGAAUAGAGUUUAGUGCUCACACACGUGAACUCAGUCCUGAGACUAUUUAAGUUGAAUUUUCCUUUUAAAAUGUGAUCAAAACUGUUAAUGCGAUAAAUCAAUCUUUAAUUAUUAUAACUAUUAUUAUUUUUUAAUGAAAAUCAACAAUCACUGUGACUUCCUUUUCCCGGUGAAGACAAACUUCUACUUUAUUUUACACACACGGAGUAAAAAGUGCUUUGCUACAAAAUCUAUUUCCACCAGUGGCAGGUUGAAAUCUUUUUAAUGCUGCAAUCUUGUGUAUAUGUCUUCCAUCCUGCUCUUACACUGUGUUAACCAGCUCAGUAAAUGUAUAAUAUUAUUGCACAUUUGAAUGUAGAACAUCUCAAUCUAUUAGUACGUUUGUUUAUGUAUUUCUUUGAUGAAAAGCACACGCACAAAUCAGUGCUGUAUUUAUCUUUUGUAUAGCGCAAGUAAGGGGUUUAAAAAUCCUAAACACUGAAGUACAAAUUUCUGUUUUGAACCAAAAACCAAAAAAACUAAACAGUCUUCCACUCUGCACCAUGAUUUCUAUACUUUCUGCUUCUGCCUACACAAACUAUGUGAUAUUUUUGUGAUGUUCUUUUAUACAAGCAUUUCAUGUGCUCAUUAAUAUAAUUGAGAGGUUUCUCAGAAGGAAGCAGAUGUCAGUGGGAUUUUCUUUCUUUCUUUUUUUUUAAUGGAGUAGUGUGUUUUGAGCAAUAAAACGGUCCUGAUGAUUCUUAACAA